UAAUAGCACCUUUUGAAGUUUUCCUUCCCAAACUAGCACUCAGGAUUAGAAGUCACAAAAAUAGGUUUCAUUAAAGGGGUAAUUUACCUUUAUACCCUUUGUUAUAAGAAUAGAAAAAAAAAACAUUUCAUUUCAUUCGAUCGCGAAUCUUCUCCGGCUCCUCUCGGGAAUCUUCACCCUCACCGGCACUGUCGUCUCCGACUCGGGAAUCGUCGUCUCCGGCUCGGGAAUCAUCUUCUCCGACUCGGGAAUCGUCGUCUCCGGCUCGGGAAUCAUCUUCUCCGACUCGGGAAUCGAAGUCUCCGGCUCGGGAAUCAUCUUCUCCGGCUCGCUAAUCGUCUUCUCCGGCUCGCUAAUCAUCUUCUCCGGCUCGAUAAUCAUCUUCUCCGGCUAUCUAAUCAUCAGCGUCACACUCUCUACUCUCAAAAUCGGUAACUUUUUAAAAUUAGGGUUUUUGAAUUAAAAUUUGGGAAGCUUGCGUUUUGAUUUUGAUUUGUGUGUUACUCGUUCUUAUUAACAAGCGAAGCAAAUGAAGACUUUUGUGUUGUUUUGUAUUUGUGUUAUUUCAGGAAAGCCUUCCAGAAAAGUUUGAAAUUUUUUUUUUCCUUGUUUACGCAGGAUAGAAACAAGAUGGGAGAUUCAGUACCUCUAAAACUAGCACUGCCAGAGCUGAAGUAUCCUAUUGGUUCACAGCCAAAAGAAAAGUCAGCAAUCAACCAAUACUCUGGUUCAGAUUAUAUCUCUAUUGUCAAAAGCAUCCUAAAACCAGAUGAGAUGAUAAGAGUCCGAGGAUCAUUUCUGGGACCUGUAAUGAAGCUCAGUGAGAGAGGAUUGAAGUUAUCAGCAAAGAUAGUCUACGCCAUUCUCACUAGAAGCAUCGUUUCUGUCAAGGAGAAUGAAGGCUGGUUCCAUUUCGGUGCGCAGCCAAUGAGGUUCUCUAUAAGAGAAUUUCAUAUGAUGACAGGCUUGAAAUGUAGUGGUGCAUUAGAAGGACCACGAAGGGAAACCGAGAGAUUUAAUUGGGAAUUGCUAAAGGGGCGUAGUCAUAAGUUAAGUGACGUGGUGGACCAGCUCAGAAACACAAGAGAAGAUGCUUCUGAGGAGAGAAUAUGCCUCGCAAUGCUCAUCCUGGUAGAGAGCAUAUUAUUGCGGAAGAGCAAAGGAGGGAGUUUUCCUUUGGAAUAUGCGAAAAAUGCACAGGAUAUGACAUAUCCAUGGGGAAAAGAGGCUUACAUUGUGCUCCUGAAGUCAAUUCAAAACGCUGUCGCGAAUCAUUUGGAGAAUAAAUCCAAAUUUGAGUUGCAAGGUUAUCCUCUAGUAUUCCUUCUUUGGAUACUAGAGUCGAUUCCUUUGCUAAGGAAUAAGUUCAGUAAGUGUGUACCAACAGUUGAGGUUCCUGGGCCGACUUACUUGUGUGAAAAAUACACUGAGAUAGAGAAUCCAUCACUUGAUAGGGUUUUACAGGUUGAAGCUGAUACAAAGCUGAAGGUCCAUUGCAUACUACCUUCUAUUCCUCAUGAUCCAGAAGAUGAUAUCUCCAUUGAAGACAAAUAUAGUGACGAGUUGGAAACAGUGAAAGAUGUAACAAAGAAAGGGUACAAGAUUACAGCCGAUGACUGGGAAAAUAGGUGUGUAGACACAUUUGACACAUUGGAUGCUCUUAUUCAAAUGAUGGCAAAUAAGGAGACUGGCCAAGCUUCUACUCCGAUUGAUGAGGAUUCAGUAAAUGAAAAAGUGAACAGGAUCAUCACGGUAAUGGAGGAGAAUCUGAAGAGCAUGAAGGAUCGAAUGUCAUUACUGGAAGAAGAAAACAUACAUCUUAGAGCUCGUGUGUCAGAGUUGGAAGGAAACAGCAAUGUUUUUCCCACUAACGUGACACAAAAGCGAUCCAGUGGGACACCUUUAUCUCCAAUGUCUCACACGCAACCAUCCAGUGGGACACCUUUAUCUCCAAUGUCUCACACGCAACCAUCGAGUGAGACACCUUUAUCUCCAAUGUCUCAACAGCCUAAUUUGACACAUGAGGAGACAAUGAUUGAAUCAGCUGCAUCUCCAAAGUCUCAACAAAAUGAGGAUUACACGCAAUCAUCGAGUGAGACGCCUUUAUCUCCAAUGUCUCAACAGCCUAAUUUGACAAAUGAGGACACAAUGAAUGAAUCAGAUGAUGAAACUCCUGCCCUUGAUACUCAAGUAUUCUCUCCUAAUCUGACAAAAGAGAGGGAAACACAAACCUCUACUGAUGAAACGCCACCCAAAACUAAUCAAGGAGAAGGAAAACCAGAUGAUGAGAUUGUGAUUGAGUCACCUGCUGCUCAGACUCAAGUUUUGCAAAAAGAAACACUGGAAAUGAAUGAGACACCUUCUUCUCCAAUAUCUCCAAAGAGUAUUGAGACUCAAGUUUUUACUCCAAUUCAGAAACAGCAGACGGUAACAGAGGAAACGUAUGAGGCUACACAGCCAUUGACUGAGAUCAUUUCAGCAAACAAUAAAAAGGUAAGCAUAGAAAUGUCUUUCAUAAGUACAACUUGAAUUUUAAAUUGUAGAAACUUCUUCAUAACUACCUCUUUUAUUUUACUGUUAUUACAGGAGGAUACACAUGCUGUGCAUUACAGACCCUCCUCUGUAAGAAGAGCAGACGCAGAGUGUGAAUCCAAGUGAAGGAGAUGGUGAUAAAAAGGUAUGAAAUAUUUAUACAUCAUACUAGGAAUUAAGAUAUAAAUGUAUCUGAAUUUUUGUCAUUCAAAAAGGGGAAGGGGAAGGCUGUCGCUUGUAAGAAAAAUGAAGCAGCUGGUCCAUCAGAAGAUGUUGUUGGGAAAAUGGCAAAAGAGGUAAUAAAAAUGAAUAAGAUCCACUUGAAUUGAAGUUCAGGUCAAUAGUUUGAUAUAUCGGUUUUGUUUCACAGAUGGAAGUAAAGCAGGGUAAGAGUGUGAAACCAAGUCAAGACG